UAAGGGCCCACCAAUGCCGUAUCCAGGAGAGAAGCCAAACCCUCACGAAGCUCACUCUGGUGGACCUCCUGCCCCUGGAGUUCCUCCUUAUCCUUCAAGCGCCGGUUACGGUUUCAAUCCGACACCAGGAUCAUUCAACAUGCCUCAACCUUUUUCUUCCCCUUACCCAGCAAGCCCAUACCCAAGUCCCUACCCUCCAUCUUCUAACCCAUCUAUGCCGUACCCCGGCCAAGCUAAUGUACCUUCUCCUUAUCCUCCAAGCGCUUCACUGUCUUACCCAAUGAACCCUGGAGCUACUUUUCCUCCAAGCUCAACUCAUCACCCCGCACAAAAUCCCAGCUUUUCAGCACCGCCUUAUGCACCUCAAUCCUACCAAUCAAAUCUUCCUCAACAGCCUAACUACCCUAGCAUGAGUUAUCCCGGCCAACCGGGUGUCAAUCCUGGCAUGAGCAUGAAUUCAAACUAUCCUGGCCAAGCGAGUUCUCAUACUAACGCUUAUCCUGGAUCCUAUCCUGGGGGCCAAGGGGCAGGAGCUUAUCAAUCAGCUACUGCUAUGGCUUAUAGACCUUAUUCUUCUGCCUCUGCCCCCCGGAUGGCUCAGGUUAAUUUGAAGCCAUCUCCAACCGUAGUACCUUUCCCUGGUUUCAAUUCUCGGGAAGAUGCUGAAGUUCUUCGGAAGGCGAUGAAAGGAUUUGGUACCGACGAAAAAGCCAUAAUUAAUGUUCUUGCUAAUCGUACAAAUCUCCAGCGCCAGGAAAUAGCUGUCCAAUUUAAAACUCUUUAUGGAAAAGACUUGAUAAAAGACUUGAAGUCUGAGUUAUCUGGAAAUUUUGAAGAUCUUGUCGUUGCUAUGAUGACACCAAUUCCUGAUUAUUACGCUAAAGAACUCCAUGAAGCUAUGUCGGGUAUUGGAACUGACGAACAUGUCUUGAUUGAAGUAAUGUGUACAAUGUCCAAUCAAGAAAUUCAUGUUAUUCGUCAAGCAUAUGAAGCUAGAUAUGGAAAAUCAUUGGAGGACGAUCUUCGGGAAGAUACUUCUGGCAAUUUUAAACGUUUAAUGGUCUCACUGUGCUGUGGGCAUCGUGACGAAUCAUACGAAGUUAAUCCAAGUGCAGCUAUGGAAGACGCUCGACAACUUUUGCAGGCUGGAGAGCUCCGUUUUGGCACUGACGAAUCCACCUUUAAUGCUAUUUUAGUUCAACGCAAUAUUCUCCAGUUGAAACAAAUUUUUACUGAGUAUCAGAAUAUUACUGGGCAUUCGAUUGAAGAUGCUAUUAAGAAUGAAUUUAGUGGUGAUAUUGAGAAAGGUCUUCUGGCUAUUGUUCAAUGUGUGAAUCACCGUGCUGGAUAUUUUGCGAAACAACUUUACAAAAGCAUGAAGGGAAUGGGUACAGAUGACCGUAGACUUAUCAGACUUGUUGUAACACGAGUUGAAAUUGACAUGGGAGAAAUAAAGCAAGCGUACAUUCAGGAGUAUGGAAAAUCAUUAGAAGAUGCUAUUGCUGAUGACUGUUCAGGACAUUACAAAAAAUGUCUCUUGGCACUGAUUGCCUAA